AUGUCGUUCCAAGACAAAGCACAGGGUUAUAUCACCCACAUUGAUAAGGAGCUGUCCAAGUAUGCGGUCCUUAACAACCUCGAGAGGCAAACCUCGGUUCCCAAAUCCUACGCCUUCCUAGGCGUCAUCGCAACCUACUUCUUCUUCAUCUUCUUCAACAUCGCUGGCCAGCUUCUGACCAACUUUGCUGGAUUUGUGAUCCCGGGGUAUUACUCCUUGCAAGCCCUGUUCAGCCCCGGGUCAGCCGAUGAUACCCAGUGGCUCACAUACUGGGUCGUUUUCGCAUUCUUCACGGUCUUUGAAAGUGCCGUGAGCGCCGUCUACUGGUUCCCAUUCUACUACACUUUCAAGUUCCUACUUGUCCUUUGGCUUGCUCUUCCAUUUACUGGCGGUGCCCAAAUCGUGUUCCGCUCCUUCAUCCAGCCUGUUUUUGCCCGUCACUUCACUGGAUCUGGUGCAACUGCGGCCAAUCUCCAAUCCAAGGCUAAUCUUGGUGCAUCUGACAAGACCUUGUAA